AUGUUUCGGACAUUGCUUAUUAGAUCGGUAUACAAGAGACACCCUGCAAGUGUCUUGAACACUAUCAAGAAUCGUCUACCUCAUGUCAAAUAUGACAUAACUCAUCAUGCCAAGCUACUAUCCAUAGAUUCCACCAGACAUUAUGCAACAACUAAUAAGGUUGAAAAUAAUAGUAAACCAACUACAACAACACCUAUUAUACAGCAACCUCCAGCAGCACAACAACCAACUUCUUCACCACAGAAAGCUUCGGCAGUUAUACCGGACCAGAAACAGAAACAGCCUGAUACUACUGAUGACAGUGAAUCAUCAUCCACAUCUUUAUUUGGCCGGAAAAUUUCCACAUCAGAAGUUUUCAUGUUAAAAUCUCUCUUAUCCACAAUUUGGCCCAAGAAUAAACCAUCAUUUAAGAUUAGAGUCGCAAUAGCAUUUUCAUUACUUAUAGGAGCCAAACUUUUAAAUGUCCAAGUUCCAUUUUUUUUCAAAUCAAUAAUUGAUCAAAUGAAUGUAGAUUUUUCAUCGGUAGGAACUGCUGGGAUUGCCAUAGGAUCAAUGAUUUUCGCCUAUGGUGGUGCUAGAUUUGGAGCAGUACUUUUUGGAGAAUUACGUAAUGCGGUAUUUGCCAGUGUUUCUCAAAGUGCCAUUAAGAGAGUGGCAUAUAAUACAUUUGUAAGAUUAUUGCAUAUGGAUUUGAAUUUCCAUUUAUCUAGACAAACGGGUGGAUUAACCCGUGCUAUUGACAGAGGUACUAAGGGGAUCAGUUAUGUGUUAUCGGCAAUGGUAUUCCAUAUCAUACCUAUAACAUUUGAAAUUACUAUGGUUUGUGGGAUUUUGAGUUAUAAUUAUGGUGUUCCAUUUGCAGCUGUGACUUUUUUCACCAUGUUGGCAUAUUCAAUUUUCACAAUCAAGACCACUAGUUGGAGAACAAAUUUUAGACGACAAGCUAAUAAUGCCGAUAAUAAGGCAGCAAGUGUUGCUUUAGAUUCAUUGAUCAAUUAUGAAGCUGUUAAAUAUUUCAAUAAUGAAAUGUAUCAAGCAUCAAAAUAUGAAUCAUCUUUAACUAAAUAUCAAAAUGCGUCAAUCAAGGUUGCAACUUCCUUGGCAUUCUUAAAUGCAGGUCAAAAUUUGAUCUUUUCUUCUGCUUUAACUGCCAUGAUGUAUAUGGGUUGUCAAGGUGUUGCCGAUGGCUCAUUAAGUGUCGGAGACUUGGUGUUGAUUAAUCAAUUAGUAUUCCAAUUGAGUGUACCUUUAAAUUUCUUGGGUAGUGUUUAUCGAGAAUUAAAACAAUCAUUACUUGAUAUGGAAAAUUUAUUCCAAUUACAAAAUGUUGAUAUAAUGAUUAAAGACAAUCCAAAAGCAAAACCAUUAAAUGUGACUCAUGGUGAAAUUAAAUUUGAGAAUGUUACAUUUGGAUAUCAUCCUGAACGUCCAAUUCUUAAAAAUGCCACAUUUACAAUUCCACCGGGGGAAAAAGUUGCAAUUGUUGGACCAUCAGGUAGUGGGAAAUCAACCAUUUUACGGUUGGUGUUUAGAUUUUAUGAUGUUACUGAGGGAAGAAUUUUGAUUGAUGGGCAAGAUAUCCGUGAUGUAACCCUUGAAUCACUUCGUAAGAAUAUUGGAAUUGUUCCUCAAGAAACCCCAUUGUUUAACGAAUCUAUUCUUGAAAAUGUCAGAUAUGGAAGAUUGGAUGCAAGUGAUGAAGAAGUCCAAAGAAUGAUUGAAUCGGUUCAAUUGGAUAAAUUGAUUAAGGAUUUACCAGAUGGUGUGAAUACUAUUGUAGGUGAAAGAGGUAUGAUGAUUUCAGGUGGGGAGAAACAACGAUUAGCAAUGGCUAGAUUAUUAUUGAAGAAGGCCCCUAUAACCUUUUUCGAUGAAGCAACAUCAGCUUUAGAUACUCAUACUGAGCAAGCUUUACUUAAGACAAUCAGAUCAAUUUUCAAACAGAAUGAAAAUACCAAUAUUGCAAUUGCUCAUAGAUUAAGAACGAUUGCCGAUGCAGAUAAGAUUAUUGUUUUGAAUAAAGGUAGUGUCCAAGAAGAAGGAUCUCAUGCUGCCUUGUUGGCUGAUGAACAUUCAUUAUAUUCACAAUUAUGGAACAUUCAAGAGAAUUUGGAUAUUGAAAAGAUGUUAAAGGAAGAAGAAGAAGAGAGAUUAAGAGAAGAAAAAGAAAAGGAGCAGAAGUUAUAUUCGGGGAAAUUGCAAAAAUUGUAA